CAGCAAGGACAAGGGCUGGUAGGCGGGGGCCGGGUCGGGUCGGUGCUCAGCGACUGUCUGUGACGCCCGGAGAGGGUGGGCAGUCUCGGCCCCUGGAGAGCCCGCCAUGGUGCGCGCGGGCGCCGUGGGGACGCAUCUCCCGGCGUCCGGCUUGGACAUCUUCGGGGACCUGAGGAAGAUGAACAAGCGCCAGCUCUAUUACCAGGUUUUAAACUUUGCCAUGAUCGUGUCUUCUGCGCUUAUGAUCUGGAAAGGCUUGAUCGUCCUCACUGGCAGCGAGAGCCCGAUCGUGGUGGUGCUGAGUGGCAGUAUGGAGCCAGCCUUUCACAGAGGUGACCUUCUGUUCCUGACAAACUUUCGGGAAGACCCUAUUAGAGCGGGUGAAAUUGUGGUCUUUAAAGUCGAAGGACGAGACAUUCCAAUAGUUCACAGAGUGAUCAAAGUUCAUGAAAAAGAUAAUGGAGACAUCAAAUUUCUGACUAAAGGAGACAAUAAUGAAGUUGACGAUAGAGGCUUGUACAAAGAGGGCCAGAACUGGCUUGAGAAGAAGGAUGUGGUGGGAAGGGCCAGAGGGUUUUUACCAUAUGUUGGUAUGGUCACCAUAAUAAUGAAUGACUACCCAAAAUUCAAGUAUGCUCUUUUGGCUGUAAUGGGUGCAUAUGUGUUACUAAAACGUGAAUCCUAAAAUGAGAAGAAGUUCCUGGGACCAGAUUGAAAUGAAUUCUGUUGAAAAAGAGAAAACCUAAUAUAUUUGAAAUGUUCCACUUUCUGUAUAAAAGGAAACAAUGUGGAGACAUUUUUGUCUUGUCCAAAUAAAUGAUUCAUCAGUGAA